UUUCGAUCUGCCCAUUGUCAUCAUGGUUCUAUUUUCGGGUUCUAGGACGCGGCCGGGGUCUAAGAUGUUGCGACUCGGGUUAUCAUUUUCUUAACUCCCCCAUCGCAAUCCCUAACUCCGAGUCAGCUACAACCAGCCGGAGUUCCCGCACAGUUCAUUUCAAGGACGCGUUGCUCGUCUUCUCGGCUGGAAGCCUGUCGUCGACGACACUCGGAUACGAGAUUGCGAGGCCCCAAUGAUCUUACGCCACCUUCCUAGAGUCUGACCCGUCCAGAUCUUUGGGCCCCCCCUCCUUUCUUUGGAUGCCCUUGGUCGUAGUAUACGUAUAUAUAUACGCAUAUAUAUUUGGCCUAGAACGUGCUUUAUUCUGACCCAACUCAUGCAUCCGCUGCUCCGAAGUCUCUUCUCCAGCGGACCCGGGGUUCGAACUAGCCAACUCUACAGAAGGGCUUCCGUAUCGGGUGCUACCCUCGCCCUCUCGAUGGCAGCGUAUUACAGCAACGUGGUCGUGCGUCCGUCGCCGGCUGCCGAGGCCCAGGAGUUCGAUACCAAGGCUCAUCACAUCCAGAACCGACAUGGGAAGACGAUCAAAUUUCGCAACCCUUACCCGUCCUCUCAAUCUAUCAGCGGUUGGGAUAUUUUCAAGAUAACCACAAUAGAGCCGCUCACGGGGUCGCUCGUCUGGCCGAAGCCAAAGCCGGAGGACAAGGUGGUGCCUGUGGUAAAACCCGAGUUCCUUCCGACGCGCGCGUCGUCGAAGCUCCGUGCCACCUGGCUCGGCCACGCUUGCUACUAUGUAGAAUACCCGUCGGGCCUGCGGGUUCUCUUUGACCCCGUGUUUGAGGACUGCUGCGCGCCCGUCUCGAUGCAGGCCUUCAGGCGGUAUACAGAGCCGCCGUGCGACAUCGCCAGCCUGCCUUUCGUCGACGCAGUAGUCAUUAGCCACUCGCACUAUGACCACCUGUCGUACCCGACGGUGCAGGCAAUCCAGAAGCACCACCCCAACGCGCACUUCUUCGUCGGCCUGGGACUGCAGAAGUGGUUCAAGCAGGGCGGCCUGAAUAACGUGACGGAGCUGGACUGGUGGCAGGAAGCCGAACUCACGCUGUCGCCGCAAGCUGGCAAGGCGGCGGAGGCGAAAGCUGACGACGGCCCGGCCCCGUCGGAGUCGAUAACUGCGAGGAUAUCGUGCCUGCCUUGCCAGCACAGCUCCGGCCGGUCCGCCUUCGACCGGGACACGACUCUCUGGUGCUCGUGGGCGGUCACGUCGGGGGACCCGGCCAAGUCGGUCUGGUUCGGGGGCGACACGGGAUACCGCGCGGUGCCGAAAGCGCCCGCGGGGACGGACUACGAGGGCCCGGACUACCAGCACCUGCCGGUGUGCCCGCAGUUCCGCCAGAUCGGGGAGAAGUUCGGCUCGUUCGACCUCGGCCUCAUCCCGAUCGGCGCGUACUGCCCGCGGCCGGUGUUCUCGUCGGUGCACGCGUGCCCGGCCGACUCGGUGGAGAUCUUCCUGGCGACGAAGUGCAAGAGGGCGAUGGCGAUCCACUGGGGCACCUGGAUCCUGACGCCCGAGCCGGUGCUGGAGCCGCCGAAGCUGCUCAGAGAGGCGCUGAAGCGCAAGGGCCUGGCCGAGACGGGCCUGUUUGACAUAUGCGACAUCGGCGAGAGCCGGGAGUUUUGAGGGCGCUGCAUAAUCUGCAUAGAUAGGCGUACGUACCGGAUGGGUUGACACCUCAGUUGAGAGGGUUGUUUGUUGCCUUGGCGGUGACAGCGGAGUUCAAGCGGGAGAAGGGGGGCUUUCGCGCAGCUUGUAAAGAGAGGGCUACGUAGGUAUAGGAAUAUGCGUUGGAUUUGAAUCGCUUUGCUAUCUCUAUACAUUACCUAUGUUAUGCCUACUUGCAGGUAGGUAUGGUAUACCUACUAUAUUACAAACACCAAUAUUACAGAACCAAAUACGAAGAGCUGGUGUCGAUAUGCACAGGUGC